CAGUUGGGUGGGAAGGAAUUUAUCUUAAACCACGUUUCAUCAACAGCGACUGUAUGACCAACACACUAGUACAUGAUUCAUGAAUCGAUCGCCACCAUUAUAGAUCAACAAAGAGAGAGAGAGAGAGAGAGAGAGAGAGGAUCAUUAGCCCCAAAUCCUCUUUCUAGUCCUCAAAACCCCCACAAACCAUCUCUCUUUCCCCAAAUUCUUACACCCAAACGAACAAAACGUCUUCAAUUUCGCGAGAUCAGAGUAUUGAAUUGAUCUCGCCACAAUAAUGCUGGCGAACCAUCUUCAGAACGGUGUCGAGACCGCCAAGCUAAUUUGGUCUCGGUUGCCCAACGCGGAAGAUGGUAGUGAUGCUGAACUUGAUGAAGAUGGGGUUUUGAGAAACGAUGGAUUCGAUGGUGUUGAAAGUCUUGAUUAUGAAGUCAUUGAGAACUACGCCUAUCGGCAAGAACAGGCGCGAAGAGGAAAGCUUUAUGUUUGGUACUACGUGGGAGUUAAAUGGUUCUUUGCUCUGCUUAUAGGCAUAGGCACUGGAUUUGCUGCUGUUCUUAUCAAUAUCUCAGUUGAGAAUUUUGCUGGAUGGAAGUACUCAUGGACAUUUACAAUAAUACAGCGUUCAUAUGUGGCUGGGUUUAUUGUAUAUACCUCCAUCAACUUGGCUUUAGUCUUUUCAUCUGUUUAUAUCAUUACCCAAUUUGCCCCUGCAGCAGCAGGGUCUGGUAUACCUGAAAUCAAGGGUUAUUUGAAUGGGAUUGAUACUCGUGGUAUACUUCUUUUUAGAACCCUAAUAGGAAAGAUUUUUGGAAGCAUUGGAUCUGUGGGUGGUGGAUUGGCACUUGGUAAAGAAGGGCCUCUAGUUCAUACUGGUGCUUGUAUUGCUUCUUUACUGGGACAAGGUGGAUCAACAAAAUAUCAUCUGAGUACAAGGUGGCUACAGGUCUUUAAGAGUGACCGUGAUCGCCGUGAUCUUGUGACAUGUGGAUGUGCAGCUGGUGUGGCUGCUGCUUUCAGAGCUCCAGUUGGCGGUGUAUUAUUCGCUCUAGAGGAAGUUACAUCUUGGUGGAGGAGUCAGCUGAUGUGGCGUGUUUUCUUCACUUCUGCAGUUGUGGCGGUUGUAGUGCGUACUGCAAUGGGAUGGUGUAAGACUGGGAAUUGUGGCCAUUUUGGUUCUGGAGGUUUCAUAAUAUGGGAUUUGUCAGAUGGUCAAGAGGACUACUCAUUUGCGGAGUUAUUGCCAAUGGCUAUUAUUGGUGUCAUAGGAGGCCUCCUUGGAGCGUUAUUUAACCAGCUCACACUUUAUAUAACACAUUGGCGUCGAAACUAUCUACACAAGAAAGGAAACCGAGUCAAAAUAAUUGAAGCAUGUCUUAUAUCCGUGAUAACUUCAGUGAUCUCAUUUGGAUUGCCUCUUUUUAGAAAAUGUAGUGCAUGCCCUGACUCAGAUGCUUCUAUUGAAUGUCCUCGUGCACCAGGGAUGUAUGGGAAUUAUGUAAAUUUUUUUUGUACCAAGGAGAAUGAAUACAAUGACCUUGCAACCAUCUUCUUUAAUACUCAGGAUGAUGCUAUAAGAAAUCUAUUCAGUGCGAAAACCAUUCAUGAGUACAGUGCCCAGAGCCUGCUGACUUUUCUGGUUAUGUUCUAUGGUUUAGCCGUGGUGACAUUUGGUACUGCUGUUCCAGCUGGCCAAUUUGUUCCAGGUAUAAUGAUUGGAUCUACAUAUGGACGCCUUGUUGGCAUGUUUGUUGUUAGACUCUAUGAAAAGCUCAACAUUGAAGAAGGAACAUAUGCUUUACUUGGAGCUGCCUCGUUUCUAGGAGGUUCAAUGAGAAUGACAGUCUCACUUUGUGUUAUUAUGGUUGAAAUUACAAAUAAUUUAAAGCUCUUACCUCUUAUCAUGCUUGUUCUCCUCAUAUCAAAAGCUGUUGGUGAUGCUUUCAACGAAGGUUUAUAUGAAGAACAGGCGAGAUUAAGGGGUAUACCUUUACUUGAAUCCAGACCCAAAAAUUUAAUGAGAAAAAUGACAGCUAAAGAGGCAUGCGGGAAUCAAAAGGUUUGUUACUUCACUCGUGUGGUGAAAGUUGCUGAUGUAGCCGCUAUUCUGAGGACUAACAGUCACAAUGGCUUUCCUGUUGUGGAUCAGUCACGAAGUGGAGAGACAAUGGUCAUAGGUCUUAUCUUGCGCAGUCACUUAUUGGUACUUCUUCAGUCUAAAGCAGAUUUUCAGCAUAGCCCUCUUGCAGUUGAUAUGAGAAGCCAAUCUAUACCCAUCAGGCACAGUCUUAGUGACUUUGUGAAACCUGUCUCUAGUAAAGGACUUUCAAUAUCUGAUAUCCAUCUAAGUCCGGAUGAUUUGGAAAUGUACAUAGAUCUAGCCCCCUUUGUCAACCCAUCUCCAUAUGUUGUCCCUGAAGAUAUGUCUUUAACCAAGGUAUAUAAUCUAUUCCGUCAGUUAGGAUUGAGGCAUAUAUUUGUAGUUCCACGUGCUUCUCGUGUGAUUGGCAUGAUCACCAGAAAGGACUUGAUAUUUGAGGACAAUGAUGAUUCAGGUUCUGUGGAGCUCCAGUCAACUAGUGUAAGGGGUCGACAACGAGGAGGCAAUAGAGUGAGAACAAGGAAUCCAGAUGUCGGGCAUCCACUACUUAAUGGUCUUUUGGAGUAAAGUAACAAACAGCCUAGUCACUCAUUUUGCAUCUACUACUAAUCCUUCUUAUUAUUCUUUUUGCUAGCUUAUUAUUAUUAAUAGGUUUCACGAAUUCUGUAUAUAUACUUUAUGCUUUAUAAACACCAUUACAUUCAUCUGUGUGCCAUACAAAAGGUUAGUCACGAACAGGAAGGAGACUCUUCCACUCUUUAGUUUCUGUAUUCACA